AUGGCAAAGGAAGUACAUAAAUGUUUGAUAAAUUAUUUCUCACAGUUAGAGAAAGUAGAUUGCAAGUGGAAUGAAUUAUCCGAAGAAGCUAAGCGGCCUCUACAUGCGUUGAGAAAUCAAUCAGAGCAACUCCGACUCGUCAUAAGCAGCGAAGUUGAUGAUGCAGAACUCUGUAAAGUAAAUGAGCUACGUGAAAGAUUGAUUUUUAAAAUUCUUAUGGGGAUCGACGAUGAACUGACAUUGCUGUUCAACAUUUUAAUGCGAUUCAAUAACAUUAAUCAAGACUUAAAAAAUCGUUUAAACAAUCUGGAAGAUGCACGAAGCAAGGUUUCGCUAGAUGAGGGAACAAUGAAGGAAUUAAUCAAUGGAACACCCUAUAGACCACGAUUAAAUUUGCUCUUAGAAUGGGCUAUUGAGGCUUUCAAUUACUACCAUGAAUUAUAUCUUCUGAUCAAUGGAAAUAUAAAACAGUUCAAUUACAAAGAUGAAGAUACGAUUGAAAAUUUAACGAAGUCUUUCGUCGAGGACCGGUUUAAAAGGGCGCAGAUCGAACGUAUACUAUAUUUUACGCAAUUCUUAAUAAAAGAGUCUUUACGUUAGAAAUUUCUUUUUAUUGCGUAUAACUACCACAAAUCUUUAUAAGCAAAUAUUUUUAGAGCCUGCAAUAUUUUAUAUAUAAUUAGAAUAAAUAAAAAUAUCUGUAUUUAUAUUA